GUAUUGACUUCUUCAAAGAAAAGGAAUUUUGUGUACAUUUUUCAAUAAACGUGUUUUUUGUUACAAAUACGGUUUAUAUUCAGUUUUAUUGUUUACCAAAAACUUAUUGUUAAAUCGUAUUAUGUGAUUGUUCAGAAAGGCAACAAAAUGGAAGAAAGUGAGCUAAGAAAACUUUUACAAACCAAAAAUGGGUGUAGAGUUCCAGUUAUGCUGCCCAUACCAGAUGUUCACAAGAUGGACAAAUUACCAUUUACUCCUCUACCACCGUACAAUCGAAUAAAGGACAAACAAGCCAAGUUCCGAAAAGUGCUUGAAGAGAAAGCCACUGAGAGAAAGGUGGAGAUAGCUCGUCCGCCUUUAGAACGCCGAGAGCGCGACCGCCUUGAGAUCGCGCAGUGCAGGCACAUAGCAGUCCUGAAAGAAUGCGCUGACAAAAUACAACCCCCGCCCAUGCUCAAAUCAUGGGAAACCAAAAUUUGUGGCCUGAUACCUAAUAAAAUGCGACAGUCGUUCCCGGUAAUCAUGGAGGAAUUGAUAAAUGAAAGCAAGGCAGACUGGAACCGAAACCUUCACGAUCUUGCCGUCAGAAUCGUUAUUCGCGACGUUCCCGGAGUCUCCCGUAAACGAUACGUUGAACCCAAUUUCAAAUUUGAUGGCGUAACACCUAAUUACGAGAAAAUGAUCAAAUUCCGGAAGAAACUUCAAGACGGCUCUCUACUACUGCAUCCUUUUAUUAGACUCGUGCUUGAAUCAUCCGAGAAAACUUUUCCACCUUUUAUUAUAAACUUGGCGAAGUAUAGAGCCAGAGGCCCUAUGGAUUUGGAAGAAUUUCAAACUAAGGUUAUGGAAGAAAUAAAACGUGCAGACUAUCUGGUUUCCAGUACAUGGUAUGCAAUAUUAGUGCAAUGGUUAAAAAAUCCACGAUGCCUUAAAGGAAUGAAGCCAAAGAAAAUUCCAGAUUUCGUGAAAUGUGCUACCAAAAUGAUAUCUAUGCAGAUACAAGAAUUGAUGAGAAGAUCGAUUGAUGCUAUCAUUGAUUACUUGAAAAAUCCUGAUUAUGUUCCAAUUCUCAAUAUAGCGCUUGAUUUUGAUGGCGAAUUCAUAUACGAUCCAUCCCUUGAAACUGUUUAUGGUGCCUUUCAUGAUAUUGCAGAUGCAAUAUCUCAUAUAUCGCAAAGAUUAAUGCCUAUAGAACAGUAUCUCAGAAUACCAUAUUCACACGAUGCUCUGCCAGUACAUUACAACGAAUGGCUACAUAAAGACGGCCAUGAAAGAUUGCAGAAACAGCUGGAUGUUGUAUUUGAGCCGCUUCUUCAGUAUUUGGAUCGCCUUCGUGCUGAAUAUAACAUGUUGUAUGGAGCUCCAGCCAAAGCAGCUUUACAUAAAUUUAUCGAAGAAGCUGAAGAGUUUGAAGAAAGUCGUGAUAAAAUCAGAUAUUUUCAAAGUAUAGAUUCUGAAAUAACAGCUGUUCUUGAGAACGAAUAUUUUAAUUGUUCCGUCGUUUGUCAAUUAAGAAUGGUAGAUGGGCUGAAACGAAAAGCAUUGGAGUUCAUAAAUGAUAUUAUCGCGGGUAUAGUCAGAACUCACAUGGAUGAAAAUCAUAGCAUUUGCACUGAAUUUGAAAUAAUUGCAGCCAAAGCUCUGAAAGAACCUGAAAAUGCAGCUGAAUUGAUCGAGCAAGGUGUUUAUAUUUUACACGCUAAAACUGUUUUAGUUGAAGCCCUAAAAGAAAGAAUAAUGAGACAAAUCGAAAUAAUUUCAAAUCUUCUAGAAAUGACGUCACUAACUCCAGAACAUGUAGCAUCCAAUACGCGCACGGUAAAUUGGUUGCGAGACAUUAAACCAAUAUUUGAAAAAAAUGCAGCUGCGUAUGAGACGUUUAAAGGAGAAAUGGAAGACAAUUUAUUGUCUAAAAUAGCAUACCUUAAUAAUGAAGUUAUUCAAAUGACGCCAUAUUUGGAACUUCUUGAUAAUAUGGAUGAUAUCAACCAUACAUCUGAAUAUUUGGAGUAUUUGCGGAGGCUUGUCCACCGACUUGGAGAAUGUGAUAAACUGGUUACUUGGAUUAAUAAUGAAGAAACUACUUUUAAAUUUCCGGUGUCAAGUUAUACUGACUUGGAAGAGCUCAAAGAUUUUAUUUUACCAUUUUACUGUCUUAUACACCUUGUACAUCGAUGGAAACGAAGUUACUAUACAUGGAUGGAUGGAGUUUUCGAAUAUUUGGAUCAUAAUCAGAUUGAACAGGAUCAUGAUUUCUUUUAUAAAGAGUUUUUAAAACUAUCUAAAAACUAUAAAAACAAAAUAAAACAACAAAUCGCUGAAGGUGUCGAGAAACGAUUCCAAGGUUUAGUAGAUGAUCCUGAUGUAAAUAAUUUACCUGCCCCAAUGAAGCUAUGUGCUCAAGCUAUAGCUGAAAUUAAGGAAUGGAGACCUAACGUUCAAAUGGCUCAUAUCAUGUGUAAUCCGGCAUUAGUGCAACGUCACUGGGAUGAGAUGUCCAACAUUGCCGGUUUUGAUUUGACUCCUACAGCUGGAACAACAUUACGCAAAAUAAUUAAUUUUAAUUUGUGGGAUGAAAUUGAUCAAUAUGAAAUUAUCAGCGUGGCUGCGACUAAAGAGCUGGCUCUAAUCACCAAUCUUAAUAAAAUGAUAGCCGAAUGGACUGACAUUUGUUUCAAAACUAGCCCUUAUAAGGACACUGGAAUUUUUAUACUGUCUGGACUUGACGAUAUUCAAAGCGUUUUAGAUGACCAUAUAGUGAAAACCGUCGGAAUGCGCGGUUCUGCGUUUGUGAAACCAUUUGAAGCACAAGUCAGAGCAUGGUAUGAAAAAAUAAUGAGAGUGAAUGCUACCAUAGAUGAAUGGGGUAAAGUACAAAGUCAAUGGUUGUAUUUGCUGCCAAUAUUUUCAUCGAAAGAUAUCGUGGCUCAAAUGCCAGAAGAAGGAGUUAUGUUCGUGGAAGUAAAUAAUACAUAUCGUCGUUAUAUGGGUUCUGUUGACAAAGAUCCGCACACUCUUGAACUCGCUGGCGGCAUGGGAGUACUGGAAGCGUUCAGGAUAGCUUCCGGCAUGUUGGAAAAAAUUAACGAUGGUGUUAAUAACUAUCUGGAGAAAAAACGUCUGUAUUUCCCCAGAUUUUUCUUCUUAUCGAACGAUGAAAUGUUGGAAAUAUUAUCAGAAACUAAAAAUCCUCUCAAAGUACAACCACAUCUGAAGAAAUGUUUUGAAGGUAUAAAUAGAUUGGUUUUUGAUGAAGAGUUUAACAUUUCGUCUAUGAUAUCAAUGGAAGGAGAACAAAUAGAAUUUUUGGAAAUUAUAAGUGUAUCUGCAGCCAGAGGCUCAGUGGAGAAAUGGUUGGUGCAAGUAGAGGAGCAGAUGCUCAAAGCUGUGAAAAUGGAGACAGAGUUGUCGUAUUAUGAUUACCCCAAUAUGGGAAGAGUAGAGUGGAUUCUUUCGUGGGAAGGCAUGGUCGUACUAGCUAUAUCACAAAUUUAUUGGGCUGUCGAUGUUCAUGAGUCUUUGAGUACCCAUAAACUUAGCGAACUUCAAGCUUUUCAUACAAGCUUAACAAAACAGCUGAAUGAAACUGUAGCUGUUAUUCGGCGUACAGAUUUAACUAAACUAAGUAGUAUUACUGUCAAAGCACUAAUUGUAAUCGAUGUGCAUGCUAAAGAUGUCAUAUUUGAUUUGGUAGGAAAAAAUGUCACUGAAGUAACAGACUUUCAAUGGCUAUCCCAAUUGCGAUAUUAUUGGGAAGAAGAACGAGUGUUUGUGAAAAUAAUAAACGCUGUGGUUGACUAUGCAUAUGAAUAUUUAGGAAAUUCCGAUCGCUUAGUCAUAACACCGUUGACAGAUCGUUGCUAUCGUACAUUAAUUGGAGCGUACUAUCUCCAUCUAAAUGGUGCACCUGAAGGACCAGCAGGCACGGGCAAAACAGAAACUACUAAAGAUCUUGCAAAGGCUCUAGCUGUGCAAUGCGUAGUAUUCAAUUGUUCUGAUGGUUUAGAUUAUAAAGCCAUGGGUAAAUUUUUUAAAGGGUUAGCUUCCUGUGGAGCUUGGGUAUGUUUUGAUGAAUUCAACCGAAUUGAAGUAGAGGUAUUAUCGGUAAUUGCCCAGCAAAUACUUUGUAUUGUGCAAGCAGUGAGACAACACAUGGAAACGUUUGAUUUCGAAGGAACUAUACUAAAACUUAAUCCAGCGUGUUACGUAUGUAUUACUAUGAAUCCCGGUUACGCAGGUCGUUCCGAAUUACCUGAUAAUCUCAAAGUGCUAUUUCGUACUGUGGCCAUGAUGGUUCCCGAUUAUGCUAUGAUUGGCGAAAUUUCGCUGUAUUCUUUUGGCUUUAUAGAUGCACGAAAUUUAUCUGUAAAAAUUGUAACUACAUACCGCCUUUGCUCAGAACAGUUAUCAUCACAAAACCAUUAUGAUUACGGUAUGAGGGCAGUCAAGACGGUGUUAUCGGCUGCUGGUAAUUUAAAAAGAAGUUUCCCUAAUGAGAAUGAAAGUAUCUUGCUUCUUAGGUCUAUCACCGAUGUUAAUUUACCAAAGUUUUUGUCUUUCGACGUGCCUCUGUUUGAAGGCAUUAUCACUGACCUUUUUCCUGGUAUCUCGCUACCGAAACCAGAUUACGUAAAUUUCUUGAAUGCGUGUGAUGAUGCUUGCGCAAAGAAUAAUCUCCAGCCAAUGGAAUGUUUUCUGAUAAAAGUUAUUCAGACAUAUGAAAUGAUGAUUGUCAGGCAUGGUUUCAUGUUAGUAGGUGACCCGUUUUCGGGAAAAUCUAUGACUUUAAAAAUAUUAUCUGAAGCUUUAACAUUAAUGGAGGAAAGAAAACAGCCAGGAGGUUGCCAAUGUACAUACAAAGUUCUCAAUCCAAAAGCGGUUACUAUGGGUCAAUUAUACGGAGCAUUUGAUCCAAUAUCAUAUGAAUGGACUGACGGCAUAGUAGCAACGAUGUUUCGAGACUUUGCUUCUGAGGAUACUCCUGUCAAGAAAUGGAUUGUUUUUGAUGGGCCUGUAGAUGCCGUUUGGAUAGAAAACAUGAAUACUGUACUGGAUGAUAAUAAAAAACUCUGCUUAACAUCAGGAGAAGUAAUGGCUAUGUCAAGUGUUAUGUCCAUGAUAUUUGAAGUUAUGGAUUUGUCUCAAGCUUCCCCGGCUACCGUAUCGAGAUGUGGUAUGAUCUACAUGGAAUCUGCUUCGUUUGGAUUCAUGCCGUUCUAUAAAUCGUGGCUCAACACAUUAAAUCCAAUUUGGCUCGAAGAAAACGAAGAGUAUAUUUUUAAUGUGUGUGAGUGGUUGUUUGAUCCUCUCGUCUAUUAUAUUAGAAAAAAUUGUCAGCAGCUUGUAACAGCCGGAGAAGUCAAUUUAGUAAAAAGUGCGCUCAAUCUAAUAGAAAUGCUGAUGGAUAACGCCAUAGAAGGCGAAGAAGAUACUAAAUAUACAAGAACGUGGUUUUUAGCCUCGUUCAUGAGUGCUAUGGUAUGGGGACUGGGUGGGAUUUUAAAUACAGAUUCACGAGAAAGAUUUGAUGAAGUAGUCAAAGAAUAUUUUAGAGGAGAAAAGGGGAUACCUCCUGAAGUUGACAGGCUAGACGUAUCGAUACCAACUGAAGGUAUGCUAAUCGACCAUUACUACAUGUACAAAAGUAAAGGCUGUUGGAAAGCAUGGCCAGAAGCUGUAAAGGCAGUUCAGGUUAAAGAACAAAUAAAUCUUCUGCAAACUGUUAUUCCCACAUUAGAAACGGAGAAAUAUAUGUUUUUACUUAAAAUUCAUACAAAGUUUCUCAAGCCAAUACUUUUGAUCGGUCCUACAGGAACAGGAAAAAGCUUUUACGUUCAAAAUUUCCUAAUGAAUAAUCUUGACAUGGAAAAGUAUACGCCUGGUUUUAUCACUUUUACAACUACAACUUCUUGUAAUCAAACACAAGAUUUAGUAAUUUCUAAAUUAGUAAAAAGGAGAAAAAAUAAUUACGGCCCCACUAAAGGUAAACAAGCUAUAAUAUUUAUUGAUGAUAUGAACAUGCCUGCCAAAGAAGUGUAUGGCGCACAACCGGCCAUAGAAUUGUUAAGAUUAUAUUUUGACCAAAAACAUUGGUAUGAUUUAAAAACUACUGAAAAAUUAUACAUUUAUGAUACAAUAUUUUAUGCUGCUAUUGGUCCUGUAGGCGGUAGCAGACAGCUGAUUUAUCCGAGAAUGUUACGGCAUUUUAACAUAUACUCAAUCAAUGAAUUUUCAAAAGAGAGCAUGACAAAAAUAUUUAUGACUUUAUUACAGCUUGGUUGGCGACGAAAUGGGUUUGGUCAAGAUACACAACCGUUUAUAGUUAACAUUAUUACUGCUACAAUGGAUAUUUAUGAUCAAGCAACAGAAGGUCUCAGACCAACUCCUGCUAAAUCACAUUACAUUUUUAACCUAAGAGACUUUUCAAGAGUUAUUCAGGGCUGUGCAUUGCUGCGAAAAGAAUCUGCUGACAGUAAAAAGACAUUUACGAGAGUGUGGGUUCAUGAAAUCAUGCGAGUAUUUUUCGACAGAUUGGUUGACGAUACUGACCGUAAUUGGUUUUUCGGUAUUCUUAAAAAAACUACAAGAGAUUGCAUGAAAGAUACUUUCGAAUCUGCUUUAGACACAUAUCAAGAUGAAAGGGGUGAAGUGAGUCUGGAAACUAUAAAAAGUCUGAUGUUUGGAUGUUACCUAGACACUGAAAGUCUUGAAGGUGAAAGAAAAUACGAAGAAUUACCGACUAAAGAGGCUUUCCUUAAUGUAGCCAUAGCCAUGUUGGCUGAAUAUAACACAAUGCAUAAAGCAAAAAUGACAAUAGUGCUCUUUGAUUAUGCUUUAGAGCACUUGUCAAAAAUAUGUCGAAUCUUGUCCAUGCCUUCAGGUAACGCUUUGUUGGUGGGCGUAGGUGGCUCUGGGCGUCAAUCCCUAACACGCCUGGCUAGCACAAUAUUAGGACAGCAAGUUUUUCAACCAGAAAUUACAAAGUCUUACAGUGUGAAAGAUUGGGGCGAUGACUUAAAAUUAGUACUUCGAGAAUCUGGUGGACUGAAUAAAGACACAACUUUUCUAUUUACAGAAAGUCAAAUAAAAGUAGAAACGUUUAUCCAAAACUUGGACAGCUUGUUGAACUCAGGAGAAGUUCCCAAUCUAUACGGUUUAGAUGAAAAACAAGAAAUUCUCGAAUUGGUUCGUCUAGCAGCUCAAGGAGGAAAUAGGAACCUUGAUAUAAGUCCAUUACAAAUAUUAGCCUUUUUUGUCGGACGAUGUAAAGCUAAGCUGCAUGUCGUUCUAUGUUUCAGCCCUAUUGGCAGUGCGUUUAGGACCAGACUAAGACUAUAUCCGUCUUUAGUGAAUUGUUGUACAAUUGAUUGGUAUGACAGUUGGCCAGAAGAUGCCUUGGAAAUGGUGGCACAUCAUUAUAUGAUUAAAGUUAAUGUGCCAGAUAAAGUGAAAGCAGCGGCUGUUAUUGCUUGCAAACAAUUUCAUGUAGACGCGCGACGAGUAUCUGCCGAUUUUUAUUCUCAAUUUGGAAGAAAAACUUAUAUCACUUCCGCUUCUUAUUUGGACUUGAUUAAAUCUUUUACUACUUUGACAAACAAAAAACAGAGGGAACUAAGAGCAGCCAAAUUACGUUAUACUAAUGGCUUAGAUAAACUGGGACAAGCAGCUGAGGCUGUUUCAAUCAUGCAACGUGACUUAAAUGCUUUGAAACCACAAUUGAUCGUAAUGGCUGCAAAAUCAGCGAAGAUGAUGGAAGAAAUAGAAAAAGAAACUGCUAUUGCUGACAAAGCUGCAGCUCAAGUGAGAGAGGAUCAAAAAGUGGCUAACGUACAGGCAGCUGCUGCCCAAGAAUUAAAGAAGGACUGCGAAGCUGACUUAGCUCUAGCAUUGCCAAUUUUGGAAGAUGCUAUUGCUGCUUUAAACACACUUAAGCCUGGUGACAUUACUAUAGUAAAAUCUAUGAAAAAUCCUCCAGCUACUGUUAAGUUGGUUAUGGCUGCGGUUUGUGUCAUGAAAGGAAUACCACCAGAUAAAAUACCAGACCCUGAUAAUCCUGGGAAAAAAAUAUUUGAUUUUUGGGGGCCUAGCAAACGAGUGCUAGGUGAUAUGAGCUUUUUGGAUUCUUUACGCAAUUUUGAUAAAGAUAAUAUACCUGUUGCUACUAUGCAAAAGAUCAGAAAAGAAUACCUCUCCAAUAAAGACUUCAAACCACACAUUAUUGCAAAAGCUUCAGCAGCAGCAGAGGGUUUGUGCAAAUGGAUUAUUGCCAUGGACAUGUAUGAUGCUGUAGCAAAAGUUGUAGCUCCCAAAAAGGCUAAGUUAGAAGCUGCUGAAAAGGAGUUUGCUGAAACAAUGGCAAUAUUAGAGGAGAAGAAAGCUACAGUAGCUCGAUUAGAAGCAAAAUUGGCACAAUUAAAUGAAGCCUUAGAAGAGGCGAAUAUUAAAAAGAAAGCAUUAGAAGAUGAAGUUCAAUUGUGUAUAGAUAAACUUUUCAGAGCUGAAAAAUUAAUUGGUGGUCUAGGGGGUGAAAAAGUACGAUGGACUGCUGCAGCUGAAAAUCUUCAGUUACUUUUCGAUAAUUUGGCCGGGGACAUAUUAGUUUCUUGUGGUAUAAUAGCAUACUUAGCACCUUAUACCUUACCAGUAAGAACAGAAAUGAUUGAUGAAUGGCGUAACCUGGUCAUAAAACUUGAUAUGCCUCACUCUGAAGUAUUCCUUUUUAAGGAUGUCUUAGGAACUGAUAUCAAGAUUCAGAACUGGUAUAUAGCUGGAUUGCCACGUGACUCUUUCUCAACUGAUAAUGCUAUUAUUCAAGAUAAUUCCAUGAGAUGGUCUUUAUUGGUCGAUCCACAAGGUCAGGCCAACAAAUGGAUAAAAACGAUGGAAAAGUCCAAUGAUCUACAGGUAUUGAAGUUUACUGAUGGAAACUAUAUGAAAGUUAUAGAAACUUGUUUGGAAUAUGGUAAACCAGCGCUGAUAGAUUGUAUUUUAGAAGAUGUAGAAGCGCCUUUAGAUCCAGUUUUACUAAAACACACUUAUAUGCAAGGUGGAAAAGAAUAUAUUGCCUUGGGAGAAAACGUUAUAGAAUAUCAUCCCAAUUUUAGAUUGUAUAUGACGACAAAAUUAAGAAAUCCACAUUACUUGCCAGAAGUUUUUAAUAAGGUUACUUUAAUAAACUUUGCACUCACUAAAGAUGGAUUGGAAGAUCAACUUCUAGGGAUAGUAGUUGCCAAAGAAAGACCUGAUUUACAAGAAAAAAGAGAAAAAUUGAUUGUUCAAGGAGCAGCUAAUAGGGCUGCCCUGAAACAGGUCGAAGAUGAUAUAUUACGUACGUUACAAGAAACCAAAGGAGAUAUUUUAGAAGAUGAGUCUGCUAUUGAAGUCCUGGAUUCGUCUAAAAUAUUGGCUAUUGAUAUUAUGAAAAAACAAGAGGCUAGUUUGGAAACCGAAAUAAUCAUAGAAAAAUUUAGACUUGGAUAUAGACCUAUAGCAUCUCAUUCGGCAGUUUUAUACUAUUGCGUUACUGAGUUGCCUAAUGUGGAUCCCAUGUAUCAAUAUUCUUUAACAUGGUUUAUCAACUUGUACAUUAUAUCAAUUGAAAAUGCUAACAAAUCUAAGGAUUUAGAUAAAAGACUGAAAUUUUUGAAAGACACAUUUACCUACAAUUUGUAUAGCAAUGUUUGUAGAUCACUUUUUGACAAAGACAAAUUGAUGUUUUCAUUUAUAAUGUGUUCAAAAAUGAUGUUGUCUACUGGCGAAAUGAAUUCAGAUGAGCAUAUGUUUCUAAUCACAGGCGGCAUAGCUGUGCAAAAUCCGUUUGCGAAACCAGUUGACUGGCUACCAGAUAAAGCUUGGGACGAAAUUUGUAGACUAAAUGAUUUGGCUGCUUUCAAAGGCUUUAAGGAUAACUUUAUUUCAGCAAUUACUAAAUGGCAGGAAGUAUAUGAUGACUUAGAACCACAUCAUAAGGCUCUACCAGGUGCUUGGGAAACAAAAUUAACUCCAUUCCAAAGGUUGCUAGUCGUAAGAGUAUUGAGACCAGACAAGUUAACAACUGCAAUAUCUGACUUUGUUGAAAAGCAAAUGGGUGGCAAAUACAUAACGCCUCCGCCGUUUGACAUAGGCAAAUCAUUUGGAGAUUCUAAUUGCCUUGCUCCACUCAUAUUCAUAUUGUCCCCGGGUUCAGACCCUAUGGGAGCAUUAAUUAAAUAUUGUGAGAGAAUGGGAUACUCUCACAGAUUUAAUUCUAUAUCACUAGGUCAAGGACAAGGACCUAUCGCAAGAGCUAUGAUAGAAAGAGCUCAGCUUGAAGGUGGCUGGGUUUGUUUACAAAAUUGCCAUUUGGCAGUAUCUUGGUUACCAGUGUUAGAAAAAAUCGUUGAAGGUUUUGAUUUAACAAAUACAGACCUAAGUUUUCGACUAUGGCUGACUAGCUAUCCAUCCGAUAGAUUUCCUCAAUCCGUUCUUCAAGUAGGAGUUAAAAUGACUAAUGAACCUCCAACUGGUCUUCAGCAUAACUUAUAUAGAUCGUAUAAUUCAGAGCCCUUAAAGGAACCAGAAUUCUUUGAAGGGUGUCCAGGUAAAGAUAAACCAUUUAGUAAACUUUUGUAUGGAAUAAGUUUCUUUCAUGCAGUAGUUCAAGAAAGAAAGAAAUUCGGUCCUUUGGGUUGGAAUAUACAAUACGGGUUUAAUGAUUCAGAUUUUCAAAUAUCUAUAAUGCAGUUACAAAUGUUCUUAAAUCAAUAUGAGGAGAUUCAGUAUGUGGCAAUAAAAUAUUUGACAGGUGAAUGUAAUUAUGGUGGCAGAGUAACCGACGAUUGGGACAGAAGAUUGAUUGUGACAAUUUUGGAUGCGUAUGUCAAUGCUGGAGUUGUCAAUGACCCUGGUUAUUUAUUUUGUGACAUAGGAUCUCAGUAUGGACUCCCACGCAGGUGUGAAUACCAAGAUUAUUUAAAACAUAUUGAAAUGGUACCAGUGAAUCCACCACCAGAGGUGUUUGGUCUUCAUAUGAAUGCAGGUAUAACCCGUGAUUACACUAUAUCAAUGGCUAUGACAGCAGCGCUCGUUCUUGUUGAGGGUACUGGAAGUGGGGGUGAAGGUGGCAACACUGAAGUGAUUCUUAUGCAUAUGGCGUCAGAGAUUAUAUCUAAAUUACCACCGAAGUUUGAUGUAGAGAUGGCCCAAAAGAAGUAUCCGGUUGAUUAUAACGAGUCUAUGAAUACUGUACUCGUACAAGAAAUGGAACGUUUCAACAAGCUGCUUGGUGAAAUCAAAGGGUCUUUAUUAGAUUUGCAGAAAGCUGUAAAGGGACUCAUUGUCAUGUCACCAGCCCUAGAUCUUCAAUCAAACGCAAUGCUUCUUGGUAGGAUACCAGAUAACUGGCGGAAAGUAUCCUACCCAAGUUUGAAACCCCUGCCUAGCUAUGUAGCAGAUUUCAUCGAGCGUCUUGCUAUGUUGGAGGACUGGUAUCAAAAUGGGAAACCGUCUACAUUUUGGCUGUCGGGCUUCUUCUUUACUCAGGCAUUUUUGACUGGCUCUGUACAGAAUUAUGCUAGAUCUAAAAGGAUUCCUAUCGAUUUGCUUAUAUUCGAUUUUGAGGUACGUAGAGUUGAUUAUGAAACAGUCCCACCGGCAAUGGGAGUGUACGUGUUAGGAUUGUUUAUGGAUGGUGGCCGCUGGAACCGAGACAAAUACGCUAUUGAUGAACAGCUUCCAAAGAUUUUAAAUGAUAAUAUGCCAGUUAUGUGGUUAUACCCGAAAAUAAAAACCGAGUUUCAAGAAGGAACAAGGUAUAGAUGCCCUUUGUACAAAACUUUGGAAAGGAAAGGCGUUUUGGCCACAACUGGUCAUUCGUCAAAUUUUGUCCUGGCAUUUUAUCUGCCGUCAGAUAAACCUGCAUCUCAUUGGAUUAAACGAAGUGUUGCGUUACUGCUUCAACUGGAUAAUUAAAUAUUAUUUAAAACUUAGUGCCUUUCUGGAAAGUGUUGAAUCAGUAUUAAAUAGAUAUUAGACAUUUGUUUUGUGGAGUGAAUGACCAUUGAUGAAUAGGUGAUACCUUUUAGCACGUCUUGAUGCUAUUAGAGGCAAAAGAUCUUUUACAAUGUUUAAUGUUACCUCUUACCUACAACUAAGGUUUGUUUUUAUUUAUUUAUUUCAAUGUGUAAUAUCUUUU